UAGUAAGCGUUUUGCAGCUUGCACCAUUCAAAAAAGGCACAAUGAUAGUUUUUAUAAAUGAAAAUUUACAAAUACGGGCAGAUAAUGUACCCAAUACAAGUUAAAAUAAAAAGUAAAACGACUGUACUAGUAAUACUUGCAUGCUAUUCUAGUGCUACUCAGCCUACUCUAGCCUUGGAUUCGUUUAAUCAUUUCAUCAGACGGUCUGCGUUCGAAUCCGGUGCCGUGACCAUCGCAGCAAAGGGAAACCUCGAGACCGGUUUUGCGGCUGGCGGUCCACGGCGGCACCGCUGCUCAUCUCCAGUUGCCAACGCAAUCUUUUAAGUUUUAACCCUAACUCCUUCGCAUUUUCCGCCGUCGCGUCCCUAGAAAACACACCCUGAACCCGCCCCUUCACCACAACCCUAACUUGCAUAAAUUCAAUCACGCAUCAAUUUUAGAGAGAGAAAAUAAGUUACUACUGUUUCGGUGGGGGUGUUUGAAUUGGGGGUUGUUAAGGAGGACAUAGGAGAUGAAAGAGGAGGUGAACCAGAUCCGAGCAGAGGAGGAAGAGGAGGAGUAGAAAGAAGAUUGCGAUGGUGAGUUUCAAGAGAAGGAGAAGAAAGAUGAAGACGAUGAGGUAGUGGAAGAAGAGAAAGGUGGGUGAGUCGUCGUCUAGCAUUUUCACUCGCUCUUCUCCAUAUCUCUCGAUGGUUCCUUAAUAUCUGUGACUUCGAGGUUCGACGCUUCAAUGGCGUCAUCGUCAAAUCUUCAUAUUCACAAUUGAAUUUGACGUUGAUGCAUACACUUUUCAUUGGUGAAUCAUUCUUCUCUCAAUUUCGAAAAGACCGACGUGGUAUUCCUCCAUUGGAUUGUUCCCCAUCAGGAAUCUGAACCGUUCAUUUGUGGGACCCAGACAAUUUUACACCAAAUUUAUCCGUACAGGUGGUGGGGGUAGGUAAACCCUAGAAAUUAGAAAUCGAAUCAUGAUUCAUGACGACUGCAACUAUGUAGCAAAACCCUAGGAUUUGAGAGACGGGGAGAGAAAUGACUGUGGUGAUGCAGAGGUAUGUGCUGAGGCUAUUUAUGUCCAUCAAAUACAUAACGGCGAACGUGAUGGACCGAAACAACGGGAGGAUAGUAGCAUCGGCGUCGACGGUGGAACACGCGCUCAAAGACGGUUUCGAGUGUGGCCGCGCCGGCAACGCGAAGGCGGCGGCCGCCGUCGGAGAGGUGUUGGCGAUGCGGCUGAAGGUGGAGGGCCUUCACCAGGGGUUGGGCCGUGGGAUUCACGCGGAUGUCAACAAAGAGAUUCAGAAAAUGGGCCUCAAAAAUAGUACUAAGGUUUGGGCUUUGGUUAAUGCACUCAAGAACAACGGGGUUAAGCUCGUGCUCACUGAUGGUUCUGAUUCUGGACCAAGCCCGUGACUAUCUGAGUCCAAUAUUGAUGUCAUGUUUGGGCUUUCACAGAUAAUUCAUGUAUUUGUUUAUCGGAACUCUUAUGUAUUUAUAUAUAUAUAUUAUAUAAUUCGUUGUAUGAUUGUGUCUUCGGGGUCGAAAGUCCUACCCACACAUUCUACUAAUUAAUAGGACUCACAAAAAUAUGAGAAAAUUGGUUCAAGUAUGAAGGCAAUUGUUCAUGUUAUUAUUAUAUGCUCCCCGAGUCAUUUCUAGAACUUGUAAUAUAUAAGUCUAGGCCCAUGGAAUAAUAGUAAACACGCGAACCUAGACCAUUCUACAUGUCUGAAAUUAAAAUAUAUUUUUACUUUGGAUUUUUUGUUGUAAGCCUGUAACACAUCCUUAUUGUAGUUUGCCGUAAAUUUUAU